CCGAGGGCCCCGGCUCCGGCCGGCAGGCGGCGCUGCGGCGAGUGUCACGGGGAACCCGGCCGCCGGGCGGCGGGGAAGGAUUUGGGCGCCGCACCCCGGAGCCCGGCCGCUGCUACCGGCUUCCGGCGUGUCGUCAGUGUAUACAGUGGAGGAAUUAUUCUGUCAUCACUGAACAGGCAGCACAUGCACUGUCUUCCUUCUUGGGAGUUGUGGUUUGAGCCUCCAUUGUAAAGCCCAUUGUUUCCCCCUUUCUCUCCUGUGAGCUGGCUUCUCUGGAAGACUACAUUUCUCAUACUGCAAAGCGGACCCUGCUGACUGAGCUGCAUGGUGCAUCAGGGGAAUUGUAUGAUUCUGGGUGUAUCAUGAAUUGGGAGCGCUGACUGCACCAUUUUAGCUCAACAUUUUAAUUUGGUGUCCAUCUAGAAAGGAUGAAUCAGGAGAGCAGCCCAAGCGAUCACACUGAUGGCCAGGACUCACUCCUAUUGCUGAAAACCCUUCAGUCCCUCUGGACAAAGAAAGAGAUGAACAAGCAGCUCAAGGAAGAAACCAGGCGGGGUUUUGCAGCUCUGGAAGACCCAUUGGCAGGACUCCUGGACAUGCUGGAGAGCAGCAGUGAUUGGAAGGGGAAAGGGCAGUCCCUGGGGUACUACAUCACCAAUGAGUUGCAACUUUGGAUAAAGGAACAUCCUGCUGUUCAGCAGGUUAGAGAGAGAAAGAGACAGAGCCUGGAGAAAAGAUCUGGCUUGAGGCUGAAGAAACUCCAGGCCCGAGUAUUCAGAAUACUAGCCCAGAGCCAAGUUAAUCUCCUUGACCCGCUGAUCGGCAUUUUUCAGCUACGUACAGCAGACCAGAACAGUUUGCUUGGACAUGUCGGUCAUGUUUACCACAAGGGCAAGUAUAAAGAGGCAGCCAUUCUGAGUAUAAAGCUAAACUUACAGCUGGAACUAGAUGUGGAGAAGAUGUGCACUCCAUUGCUACUUCAAGAGAAAACUAACCUAGUGGAGGCUUAUGUGGCAGAAUAUCCUGAUCUCCAGUGCAAACUCUUGCAGACCCUGGAUAUGUGGUGUGAACCUAAUUUUAAUACUACAGAUAUUUCAAGGCAGUAUCAGGGUUUACGACCUAACAAACUCAACCACAAAAUGUUAAGCAAACUGGUCUUCAGGCUCCUAGAACAAUAUAAUCUAGAUCCAGUUCUCUGUCCAAAUGUCAUAAAUCAGCGACACCUAGGCUCUCUGAAAUAUCUCUUCUACAAGAGGUUUGUUGAGAAAACCAUGACUCAGGAGAAUUGGGCCGAUCAUGUUCAGAACACAGUUGGGGAGAAUCGAUGGCUACAAGAGCAGCUGAUUCAACUGCUAGUCAGCUAUUGUGAUCUGAACACAGCAGCCAGGUGGGCUCUCCGCUAUAGCUUACCUGAGAAUACCCUGCCUUACGGAGUGGCCAAUGAACUUCAGAAACUCAAGGUCCAGGAGAGGGUAGAAGAUGCUGAGAGCACAGUGGAUGACUAUGAAGAGGAUAGGAAGGAGGGUUAUUACCAGAUCCCCAUUCCCAGGGAGAACAUUCACUUUCUGCAGACAUGGGAAGGGAUACUGAGGUGGAGGGAGAAGGUGCUGCAGCCCGGCCAGGUUGUUGGCAUCGACAUGGAGUGGAGGCCCUCAUUUGGAGUGGUGGGAAAGCCACGCGUCUCGGUGAUGCAGAUUGCUAUCGAGGAGCAGGUGUUCCUCCUGGAUUUGUUGCAGCUCCUCAAGCCAGAUGAGAUGGAGGAGCUUUCUCACUUUGUCCAGACCCUCUUCUCAGAUCCAAACAUAAUUAAACUAGGUUAUGGGAUGUCCGGAGACCUGCACAGCCUAGCUGCUACGUGCUCUGCUUUUAAAGAAAUGGAUAAGCAGGUGCAAGGCAUAGUGGAUCUGCUUGCAGUAGAUAAACAAUUACAGAAAUGCUGGAGGAAGAGCAGCUUUCAAGUUGACGUACUGUCACAGGAGAAGAGCUGUGGAGACAGAGGAUUCAGGCAGCCAGAAAGAGGGCUCAGUCUGCUGGUGCAGCAUGUCCUGGGGAAACCUCUUAAUAAAACUGAGCAGCUCUCCAACUGGGAGAAACGGCCACUGCGGGAGGAACAAAUCCUCUAUGCAGCUUCUGAUGCGUACUGCUUGCUGGAGGUGUAUAAGAAACUGUGUGAGGAUCCGUUAGGCUUUGGUCUGUGUUCAGAUCUCACUGAGAGCCUGGUGGGUAAACCUACCACAAAACCCAGGGCAAAGAAGCAGCUGAAUCAACAAGAAAUGCCAUCGCCUUCCAAGCAGCAAACCAAAGUGAUUGGCAUGGCGGCCUUGAGCCCCCCUCCUUCUAUCUCCCCGAAGGAGUUCAGCGUGGUCUGUGAUAACAUGCUGCAGGGACUUGGGCGCCACCUUCGCUGCCUCGGAGUGGACGUCCGCAUGCUAGAGAAUGAUGACAACCAUAGAAAAGCUGCUGAGAUUGCGAGGCAGGAAGGAAGGGUCAUUUUAACCUCUGGACUCCCAUAUCAGACACUGCAGUCCCAGGUAGGAGAAGGAAGGUGUUUCUCUGUGGACUGCUCAGAAAAAGCAAAGGAGCAGGCCCUCCAGGUUCUGAAGCACUUCAAUGUUCAAGUAUCCCUUGCAGAUGUCUUCAGCCGUUGUCAGUUGUGUAAUUGCGACAAGUACUUGAAGAUCUCCAAAGACCAAAUGAGGCAAUUGAUGCAGUUCGGUGGACUCUUAACAGAAGAAGAUAAUGCAGAGGGGCUGGCAAAGUCUGAAGAGAAACAAAAGACAAACCCAGUGUCUGACACCUCAGAAUUCGACUACCCGCAGCCAGUUUACAAUCCAAACUGCCAGUGGCUAGAGGAUUCAGACCUCAAUGUGGAGACCAUGACGCUGGCCACAGGUGCCUCCCUGCAGCUAGCAGCCAUCCCGCCUGGGGUGCUGGGCAAAGCGGACCUGUCUUACUUCUACUGUUGCACUCAGUGCGGCAAAGUAUUCUGGGAGGGCUCACACUUUGGGCGAGUGGUCUCUCAGUUUAAGGAAGCUUUGGGCACCGCAGAGGGAAGCCAAAGCUUCUAUGAGCUGAGCUGAGCUGAGGUGGAGGGUUCCUGACUAGGGACUGGGAAUCUUUGCUGGAUCCUGAUUCCCCGAUGAGCCACUGCGGCUUUAACAGGAAAUGGACUUUGGUUGGAUAUUAAGGGCUGGGAGUUUGGUUCCUCGGGGGAGCCAUUAUCUGAGGUUUGGGGCAAAGGGUUAUCAUGAUCCAUACUGUAAUGGGCCAUGGUACCUACAGGCCUGUAACCAAAUGGCCUCCAAGGAGAUCAUUAAAUCUGAGAUGUUCCAGGA